UCAUCAUUUGAAUCAACUCUUUUAACUCACUCAAAACAUUGAUUGAUUGAUUAAGCAUGUUCAGAUUAAUGACAAGCAAGGCAGCACCUUCUCGCUCUUACGAAGAAUUCGAACCUCUUUGCAAAUGGCAAACUUCUGGAGAAGAACAAGACAUUCUUGAAGUCCAUCUUCCAGGUUUCACGAAAGAUCAACUGAAGGUUCAAAUAAACAACCAUGGAGUUCUGACGAUCACCGGAGAACGACCAGUAACAGAAGACAGAAGUAGAUGGAGCCGUUUUCGUAAAGAAGCGAAAGUCCAAAGAGAUUGCAAAACAAAUGGAAUCCGCGCAAAGUUCUCCGGCGGAAUUCUUUACAUCAUUAUGCCCAAGACACCACCUUCUCCUCCUCCGCCGUCUGAUCAAGAAGUAAAAAACCAAGCUCGGACCAACUCAGGCGUCACACCAGGAGGACAAGAAGAAGAAGAUGGUAGUAGAGGUGGCGUAGAGAGAAGCGGGUUGAAAGAGGGUGUUUGUUCUAGGUUUAAAAAUAUGAACAAGAAGAAAGGUCUUAAAGCUUCCAUGGCGGUCGUUCUGCUGGUGACAAUUGCUGUUGGGGCGUAUUUUACUUACAAAAUAUGUUAUGAUCAGAUUUCUUCUGUUGACAGCUAGCUAGUAACUUCAAUCUUUAUCUCUCGAUAAUCUUCUUGUGUAUUGGGUUUAUAAUAAGGUGGUGAUUUGUUGAUUAAAGAUCCACUAGCUUUAUUCCGGGAG